AUGAUAGGCACCAGCCACACUGAUAAGGUGGAAGUGAGUGGAGUGGGUGUGGAGGUCACAAGGCUGCCGUGUCCUGCCUGCAACCGUCAGUUCAUCUGCCGCUCGAGUAUACAGUAUCACGUGCAGAGCAGACACCCCACUAAGCCCAGUAACAAAAGUCAUCAGUGUGACCAAUGUCCAUACAGCACAGACUACAAGAGUACCUUGAAGAAGCACCAGAGAACACACACGGGAGAGAAGCCGUUCAAGUGCACCGUGUGUGAGAAGGCGUUUGCACGGCUAUCACAUCUUCACAGCCACCAGAGAACACACACGGGAGAGAAGCCGUUCAAGUGCACCGUGUGUGAGAAGGCAUUUGCACAUUUACAACAUCUUCACAGCCACCAGAGAACACACACGGGAGAGAAGCCGUUCAAGUGCACCGUGUGUGAGAAGGCAUUUGCACAUUUACAACAUCUUCACAGCCACCAGAGAACACACACGGGAGAGAAGCCGUUCAAGUGCACUGUGUGUGAGAAGGCGUUUGCACAGCUAUCAGAUCUUCACAGGCACCAGAGAACACACACGGGAGAAAAGCCGUUCAAGUGCACCGUGUGUGAGAAGGUGUUUGCAGACCCAUCCAGUCUUUGCCGGCACCAGAGAACACACACCGGCCAGAAUGCAUUUUCUCAUUCCCGUGGAAACAGAAAAGUCAGCCAUCCUGAGCAAAACGCGCACAGCGCCGAGCUGUGAAUUAGUUUUAAACAACAGGCCACGUGACUAGCCGAGGCUGUGCCACUCUUGAAACUGAUUUUGAAUGUGAACACGGAAACCUACGGACCCUCCUACACCUGCCUCACACUCUGUGGGGGGUGGGAGAUUAAACCGACCUGGCCACCCCUCGAUUGCAAGUGCGGAGUUCUAGGUCCCAACCACUGCACGUGUCCCCCCCCACCCCCAUCACCUGGGGGUCCCUGUGUGUGUGAGUGUGCAGAGUCCCCCGUGCAGAGCUGCACUGUUGUUACCCUAGAGGGGGACACCGCAGGGCGAUCCACCUACAGAUACCCCAGUCUGCACGUCUCCCGCCGGUCUCCAUGCGCACCGCGUGCCGUCUCGUAGCCCUGCCCCGUGCGACGUACGUACAGUACGUACAGUACGUACCCAUCCAGCGGUAGACUGAACCGCGGCCGAUGACGAAGGUGGCAUCCGCUCACAAAUCUCCGUGCACUCAGUCCCGUAGCCCUGAGCCAUCGCUUGCGCGAUAUUCACUUUGCCGCUGAGAGGAAAGCUACGGGGAGGAGGUGGGGGGGGGUGUUAGGAGAGGACAUCUGUGGAACGGCUGGAGAUCUGCGAAGAAGAGCUUCAUAGCUCAUCGGAUUCCUGCGGUCUGAAAAAAUAUUCCGAGAGGGCGUUGGGGGAGGGGGGUGUAGGUAUGAUUGGGGCAUCUGCACUUGGAUCACCCUGCGUGUUGUUGCUGCCUCCCCCGUUGAAAAUGUUCCCAGCGUGAACUUAACCCUUUGCCGUCGCGACGACGCCGCGCGCCGUGCGUGAACGUCGUCGUCGGAAUAACAAAACGCAGUAAAAACUAAAGCAACAUUAUCGGUACCGAGGCUCCCACAGGGCCACGCGGGGCAGGGAGUGUGGCACAGUUUUCGCGCCGGCUAGCGCAGAGUGGCGGCGGUCGUGUCGCUACGCUUCUCUGCGGUGAGCAACGACGUCUUUAUAACAACAACAGCAGUGCUGCUGCUGCUGCUGCCACUGCUGCGGUGAACGGUGACAGCCACCCCGUGACCUGACCCCCACCCCGUGAACGGUGACACCCACCCCGUGAACGGUGACACCCACCCCGUGAACGGUGACACCCCAUGGGUGGAAAAAACCCGAUUUUUCCAGCUGCAGGCAUCGGGUUUUUUCUUUAACACAAUUAAACCCGAUUUCGGGGAAUUAAAACCUGGUUUAAUGAAUACGAAACUCUGAUAGGCUUAGGCUGCUUCCUCGUCGGUGCUGCUAUGGUACUCGGGGCCGUCGGGCACGGGGUAGUCGUAGAAUGCGGCGGGCAGGUUGGUCUUAAUGAACACGAGCUUCUCCACAAUCGUGGGCGCCAGUGAGUUCCUUAGCUUGGAAUGGAUGAAGCCCAUCGUUGAGAAGUGCGGUUCUGCAAUUAGAACCAAUGAAACCGGAUUUCUCUCAAUCUUAGAUGAUCGGGUUUAAUAUAAAAAGACAAUUAAACCCGAUUGUAAAAAACCCGACUGUGCCACCCUUGUGACACCCACCCUGUGAACGGUGACACCCACCCCGUGAACGGUGACACCCACCGACCCUGCAACUCUGCAGACGUCUCGGACGCGGGAAAGGGUUGAGAGAUUUUCUGCGUCCCGGUUGCUCGCGUGAUGUCGCACGGUGGUGGCGCGCGUUGACUCUUGCACGUUUAAGAAAGUUGAGCGUUAGUUUGUGAUUCUGUUUAAAAUGAUAUAUAUACAUAAACUAACAAACAUUAUCUUGGGAUUCUACCAAGUAAGGUCCAACUGGAUACGUAGUAGCUCUUUUAUCAGACGCGACCACCUGGCCAUCACAAAUGAAAGCUCAACGAAGUGGCUUAUCAUUGUGUGGACAUUUAUAGCGGCCAAAUACUCUGAUUGCGUGAUCUCGAUUCUAAAUGUCGAGGGAAAACCGGAGGACCUGGAGAAAAUCCACACGACCACGGGGAGAGAGAGAGAGAGACGCGCAAACUCAAAAUAUACAGCAGGCGUCAGGGUCGGAAUCAAACACACGAUCUCCUGUAUACCAGGAGAGGUAGUUAACAUCUCCACAUGUGUUCAGAGUAUUUGGCUGCUGUAAAUGUCACGUGAUAAGCCACUUCGGUGCGCUGCUGUCAUUUGUGAUAGCCAGGUCGCUACUACACAGCUCAGUGGGGGCCUUACCUGGAAAAGUAAAAUGAUUAAUAAAAAUCUACUGUAUUCUUGGUUCUUUU